AGACUUCUCAGAGAGACUCUUAUUUCGAAAGCGCUCACCGGAAGUCAUGUCCUGACACUUCCCUGUUUAUCAGCGAGAAAAGUGCGUGUUUGUUUGCGGGCCUUCUGUGACUUAAACAGGGUCCCCGGCUCCUGGAAAACAGCGGACAAUGACCUCCGACGGUGGGAUUCAGAUACCGAGCCGUCUGCCGCUGCUGCUGACCCACGAAGGGGUGCUGCUGCCGGGCUCCACCGUCAGGUUCAGCGUGGACUCUCCGCGGAACAUGCACCUGGUCAGCCAGCGGCUGCUGAGGGGGACCUCGCUGAAAAGCACAAUCAUAGGAGUGAUCCCCAACACCAGAGACCCCGAGCACGACACCGACGACCUCCCCACGUUGCAUAAAAUUGGUACAGCAGGGAUUGCAGUGCAGGUGGUGGGCAGUAACUGGCCAAAGCCCCACUACACCCUCCUCAUCACCGGAUUGUGCCGCUUUAGUGUGUCAAGCCUGCUGAAGGAGCGGCCUUUUGUCCUGGCCGAGGUGGAGCAGCUGGAUAAACUGGAUCAGUACACGAUCCCAGCCACAGAGAGUGUCGCAGCAGAAGAUGGAGAGCUGGGGGAGCUAUCCCAGAAGUUCUACCAGGCUGCUGUACAGUUGUUAGGUAUGUUGGACAUGUCGGUUCCAGUGGUGGCUAAGUUCAGGCGUCUGUUGGACAGUCUGCCCAGGGAAACUCUACCUGACGUGGUGGCCUCCAUGAUCCGCACCUCAAACAAGGAGAAGCUACAGGUCCUGGAUGCGGUGAGCUUGGAGGAGCGAUUUAAGAAGGCUUUGCCUAUGUUGACCAAGCAGAUAGAGGGGCUAAAACUGCUGCAGAAGACCAGAAAAAUAAGUCCUGACAAUGAGAAGAGGGUGUUAUCGGUGCGUAAAGGUGGAGUGUUCCCGGGUCGGCAGUUCAACCUGGACGGGGACGAUGAAGAUGAGGAUGGUGAUGACACUGCAGUCUUGGAGAGGAAGGUCCAUGGGGCCAACAUGCCUGAAGCUGCGCUCAGAGUUUGCCUCAAAGAGCUCAAGAGAUUGAAGAAGAUGCCUCAGUCCAUGCCCGAGUACGCCCUGACCAGAAACUACUUGGAUCUAAUGGUAGAAUUACCAUGGAGCAAAAGCACCAAGGACUGUCUGGACAUCCGAGCCGCUCGUACUUUAUUGGACAACGAUCACUACGCCAUGGACAAGCUGAAGAGACGCGUGCUGGAGUACCUGGCUGUCAGACAGCUGAAGACUACACUGAAGGGCCCCAUCCUCUGCUUUGUGGGACCCCCAGGAGUCGGUAAGACCAGUGUGGGACGCUCCAUAGCCCGGACCCUGGGCAGAGAGUUUCACCGCAUUGCUUUGGGAGGCGUCUGUGACCAGUCUGACAUCCGAGGACACAGACGUACGUAUGUCGGGAGCAUGCCCGGCCGCAUUAUCAACGGUUUGAAGACCGUAGGCGUCAAUAAUCCCGUGUUCCUCCUGGACGAGGUGGACAAACUUGGGAAAAGCCUGCAAGGAGACCCUGCGGCUGCACUGUUAGAGGUCCUGGACCCAGAGCAGAACCACAGCUUCACAGACCAUUACCUCAACGUGGCCUUUGACCUCUCCCAAGUGCUGUUUAUUGCCACUGCAAAUACCACAGCGACCAUUCCCCCGGCCCUGCUGGACCGCAUGGAGGUGCUGCAGGUACCAGGCUACACACAGGAGGAGAAAGUGGAGAUAGCUCACCGUCACCUCAUCCCAAACCAACUGGAGCAGCAUGGACUAACGCCUCAACAGCUGCAUAUACCGCAGGACACCACGCAGGAUAUAAUCAGCAGGUACACUCGUGAGGCAGGCGUGCGCUCCCUGGAGAGGAAGAUCGGGGCUAUCUGCAGAGCCGUAGCUGUGAAGGUCGCUGAAGGUCACAGAGCCACUAAGACGGAGGCUUUGACCCCCGAGUCCCAAACCCAGCAGGGAGACAAGGCGGCGCCUCCAGAGAUGCCCAUAGUGAUCGACCACAUCGCCCUGAAAGACAUCCUGGGACCGCCGCUGUUUGAAAUGGAGGUGUCUGAGCGGCUCACCCUGCCCGGUGUCGCUCUGGGUCUGGCCUGGACUCCCCUCGGAGGGGAGAUAAUGUUUGUGGAGGCCAGUCGAAUGGAGGGAGAUGGUCAGCUCACUUUGACCGGUCAGCUGGGAGACGUUAUGAAGGAAUCCGCCCAUCUGGCCAUCAGCUGGCUCCGAACGAACGCCAAAACCUACCAGCUCACCAACAUGAUGGGGGGUCCAGAUCCGCUUGAAGGUGCAGACAUCCACCUCCACUUCCCCGCUGGAGCUGUCACCAAGGAUGGCCCCUCUGCAGGUGUUACCAUAGUAACCUGCCUAGCCUCGCUGUUCAGCGGCCGUUUGGUCAGAUCAGAUGUUGCCAUGACAGGAGAGAUCACGCUGAGGGGGCUGGUGCUGCCGGUGGGCGGGAUCAAGGACAAAGUCCUGGCAGCCCACAGGGCAGGAGUGAAGUGCGUCAUCCUCCCCAAACGCAACGAGAAGGACCUCGAGGAGCUUCCGGCUAACGUCCGAGCCGACCUUGACUUUGUCACCGCCGGAAACCUGGACGAGGUGCUGAACACCGCCUUCGAUGGAGGGUUUCCAGGGACAGCCAGCACCCACACACACCCUCAGCUGACCAGCAAACUGUAACACACAGAUGGAAAUACACACACACUGACAAUGCGACGUGAGGAAGGCGUUCCUGUUAUUCCGCGGGGCCAUCAGAGAGUGUGUUCUGCUGUAAUGGUGAUGUGUUAUGUUAUUAAUCUUUAACCCAGUUGAAGGUUCUUUGCUGUUGAGAUUUGAUUUUUCUUUUAAGGAUUUAAAGGAUUAUUUUCCUACUGAAGAGAUAAUUUAAGGUUCAUUAAGCUACAAUUCAGAGUCAAACCUUGAAGUAGAAUUCAGUUUACAUGGAAAGUUCACAACAACUCCCAUUAUGUGAAGUUAUGCUGGUUCUUUGCUGAUCAGAUAUUGGCGAGGGCUGGAUGUCGGUCAAAAAUGUUCAAUGCUGAUUCCCUGUUUCUAUACCGGGUCCUCCACGAUCUUUUUUUCGAUACUAAUUUUCUAAAAAUCCAUUCUAACAAAAAAAAUUACUCAAAAAAUUAAAAUUACUCACUUCAAACGAGGAAGCUGUUGUAAAGACCUGGCAGGGUUCCCACGCUUCCUGGAAAACUGGAAAUUUAGAGAUUAGUUUUCAGUUGAAUUGAACUGAUUAAAAGCACCAAAUAUCCUAAAAAAAUAAUCCAUCUUGUCCUGAAAAAUGGUUAUUGUAUUUUAUCCCCUCACUCAGAUCGCCUACAUAAACCUUGGUCCAUAUUCAGUUGAAACUCAACAACGCUUCAGAGUGGGUUUCCUGCACGCCUCUACGACGUCUAACAUUAGAUGGCCUGCUGCGUGUUUAUUAGCGCACUGACACUGAUCAGAUUUACUCCUUAGGUGUUGACAUUUGAUACAGAGUGGCCUUUCCUUAAUACUCUGUAGUAUCGAUGCAAUUCAAUUGGUACCCAGCCCUUCACAGCCAAGGUUGACUAGAUCCAGUUCACGUCACUACACAGUAUUUUAAUAUCGGGGCUUUUUGGGGUUCACUCAGUUGUUCUAGGUUGACAGGAUUGGACUACAUUGACUUAUUAAUGCCGCAGCACAUGGGUGAGCACCUGUUUAGAUUGUCACAGUUUGAGUUCAGUGCAUUCUGCUGAGAUGGUGUGUGUGUGGUGAUGGUCUGGAUACCUGCAGCCUGUUGGAAUGAUUUUGUUUAUGAUCCAGUGUUGCCCAACAUCCGUUAUUUGUUGGAUGUUUUUUUCUUUUUUGGGAUGAAUUAGCUGUGCACAUUGUAUAACAACAAAGGACUACAGUUAGUAUCAGAUCUCAUAUUUAAUCCAAAUUCAACUUUUCUGGCACAACGAAUUAAACUCAUUAAAUGUCAAUAUAUCAUAUGGAAAGUGACACAAUGGUUGUUGAGACUAGUCAUAAAUAUAACUGUAUACAUCAAUAAAUAAUAUUGCUACUUAAAAUGAAGUGUAAAAACUGAUAUGAAGCUAAGUUAAGUUUGCUCUUUUUUGGUUUUGGCACAUAUUUAAUUAUUUAUUCCUUUAUUUUCCCCACACAGCAUUUCCCCCAGACUUAUUUCCAAGAAAAGUGCACUUGAAGAAUUUUUUUUUUGUUAGAAAUAGAAACUGAACUGUGAACUUCGAUCUCUUCUGACUGUCCAUUCCAAUUAUUUAAAUGUACUACAAGCAGUUUAUAAAUGGUUAUGAAGUAUCCAUUUAAUCCUGAUGCUUCUAUAUGACCUGUUUAAACUAACAAGACCAUCAGCAACACGUUUCUAUAUAGUUAUAGUUAUAUAGUCUGCCACCAGGAUGGAUUCCUCUUGAAUUAAUAAAACAAGAUUUUGUCCACAGGGGCCGCCAGAAUCAGCAAAAAAGUUAUUUUAUAAAGGAACUUCAACAAUAUUAUUUAUUGAUGUAUUUAGUUAAUUUUCUAAAUUUGAAACAAAUGUGAAACUUUAAUUAAAAUAUGAUCUUACACCACGGUGUUCAUACAGUAUUCCCCACAGAUUAGAAGCACUAGUGGUCUGUACCCACAAUGCUGUUCUUCUGCUGAGGAGGUGACUAAAGAACAGGUUGAAAUUGCUCUGAUUAAUGUGAAAUAUCGGUGGGGUAUAAAACUGUAGCACAAAUCACUUUUAAAUAUAACACAACUCGAAUGUCAUACUAGCUCAAGAUGAACUUGUGUCCUUUAAUAACUGUAAAAAUUGAGAGUUGAAUUAAAGAUGCUUGAAAUCUU